AUGAAGGUUGGUUUUCUCAUAUUCUUGGAAACCAAUAAGCCUUAUCUUGUAAUGCUCUUGGUACAAUCUAUCUAUGCAGGCAUGGCCUUGUUCUCAAAGGCAGCAAUUGAUAAAGGAAUGAACCCCUUCAUUUUUGUUGCUUAUAGGCAAGCCUUUGCUUCACUUGUAUUGGGUCCAUUUGCUUUCUUCCUAGAAAGGAAGAGGGCUCCUCCUAUAUCAUACACUCUACUGUGGAAGGUCUUCUUGGUUGCUUUAUGUGGGAUCACAUUGAGCUCCAAUCUAUAUUAUGUUGCACUUAACUACACCUCUGCAACAUUUGCAGCAGCAUCUUCUAAUGUAAUCCCUGCUAUGACAUUUAUCAUUGCUGCUUUACUGAGGAUGGAAAGCAUUUCUGUAAAGCAUUUAUAUGGAGUGGCCAAGGUGUUUGGCUCUGUAGUAUGUGUUUCAGGGGCUCUGGUUGUUGCUUUAUACCAGGGUCCUCCCAUGAAGUUUAUGAAUUGGUAUCCAUCGGUUCAUAGAGAGGUUUCACGACCUUCUGCAAAUAAUCAUAGUUCCAAAAUGGACAGAAUAAGAGGCUCUCUUCUAAUGCUUUCGGCAAAUGCAGUCUGGUCAUUGUGGCUAAUUUUGCAGGUUCCCAUUGUGAAGAUAUAUCCAGCUAAACUUUGUCUUACUACGUUGCAAUGCCUUUUUAGCUGCAUUCAAUCAACUAUUCUGGCUGUAAUCUUAGAGAGAAACCCAUCUUCAUGGAAGCUUGGAUGGGAUGUCAGCCUUCUCUCUGUUGCAUACUGUGGUGUAAUUGUCACUGGGAUCACGUAUUGGUUGCAAGUUUGGUGCAUAGAGAAGAAAGGGCCGGUUUUCGCAUCAAUCUUUACCCCGUUGGCACUGCUUAUAACAGCUAUCUUCUCAGCAUUCCUGUGGAAGGAGACACUGCAUUGGGGAAGUAUUGGUGGAGCUAUAUUUCUAGUGGGGGGUCUCUACAGUGUCUUGUGGGGUAAGAAGAAAGAGGAUGGUAUAUGUGAAAGGAAUGAACAAAGACAAGAAGCCAAAGAGGAAAGCAUGUUGGAGUGCAUUACACAUCAGUAAGUGAUGACGGGAAGGAUUGGUGCAAAGGACUUUAUCUAGGGGAUUCCAACAUACAGGGAAAAAAAAAAAAAAACUUCUUUUACAUACCUUCUUUUCUUUUAAUGAGAUUUGUUUUGCAAUGCUUUACUGUAUAAGUUGUUAUCACCGUAGAAGUAAAUUAAGAACAUUGGGCUAUUCGAAUGGGUCUUUAAUAUGUAAAACAAGCACAUAUGGUUGGGG